AGUCGUUCAUUCCUGAAAGUUUGACGUUCUCCUUCGCGUACGUGAAUCGUAACAUAGUCACUAAAUUUCGGUGGUUCCUGAGCCAGCACCUUAAGCACAUAUCACCUUAAAUCAGUGUUAGUAUUAGCAGCGAUAAAAUAAACCGCCAGACAUUGUCGAAAGUGUUUGCAUUUAUUAGAUUUAAGUGCGAGGUGCUUAAUUCACUUUCGAUUGACUACCAUGCUAAGCGGGGCAAGGUCGUUCGGUUGCACGGUGCUACGUCACAGCAAUUUGGGCCAUAACACUCGAUUGGCAAGUAUUCGUUCUGGAUGUUUGAAAUUGGGAUCGUCUUUGGGAUGUUUGAGACUCCGUUCGUUGACCUAGAUGAUACCGGUGUGUCGUGGACUUUGAUACCUACUUUUGCAUGGCUGUUCUGUCUGAGAUUGUUGCUGUGGUGGUGGAUUAGUCAGCGUAUUUAAUAUAUGUACAAGUACCCUGCAUGAUUAGACCGUGUACUAUUCGUAUGGAUAAUUGGUGGUAUGUCGAUAAGAUUACCUUUUGGAGUGUCGAUCGCACGAUGUUAGUACGGUUUAGGUAGUCUUGUGAGCAGGUGUUGAAACGUGUUCUUCAAAUCGUUUUAAGUCAUGUUGGGCAUUUUAGAACAGUCUAUCAAGAUGAGUGCGUCCAAUCGCAUCAAUGUCAAGGUCCACCAGGGAACAGUGUCCGGGGUGAAGGAGAAGCUCCCGAACGGGAGUCCGUCGUACGCGUUCCGAGGGAUUCCGUACGCGAAGCCUCCGAUCGGUGAGUUGCGCUAUCGGGCGCCACAACCGUUGGAUAAGUUCUCGGGCCCCGUACUGGACUGUAGUGCCGAACGGGACGUGUGCUUUAGCAGGAACAUGUUCACCCAGGAGAUUGAAGGUUCCGAAGAUUGUCUGUUUUUGAACGUGUACACACCUCAGGUUGCUGGUGAUGGAGCACCGUUGCCGGUUAUGGUGUUUAUUCAUGGUGGAGCUUGGCUUUUUGGCAGCGGUAACAACGACUGCUACUCUCCGGAGUACUUGCUGGAACAAGGGGUCAUCGCAGUCACCCUCAACUAUCGGCUUAGCUCGCUCGGCUUCACCUACCUACCAAGCCAAGGUAUCGAAGGUAAUGCUGGCCUAAAGGAUCAGCUAAUGGCACUCAAAUGGGUAAACCAGAACAUUGCCAAGUUUGGUGGCGAUCCAUCUAACGUAACUAUAUUCGGUGAGAGCGCCGGGGGUGCUUCAGUCCAUCUACACGUGCUGUCACCCCUCUCGAGGCAAUACUUCCAUAAGGCGAUCUGUCAAAGUGGCAGCAGCAUUCACGAGUGGGUAAUGCAGCGAGAUCCAGAGCUAAAGGCACGAACCCUAGCUAAACUGGCAGGUUGCAAGGGAACCAGCGAUGAAGACGUCUACGAAACCCUAAUGACGGCCUCGACCGCAGACAUUGCGGGUCACGCGGUAGGUGUGCUAACGGCGGAUGAACGCAGACGCGGACUUCCGAUGCCGUUCAAACCGGUGCUCGAAAGUGCCUCGGCUACCGAUGCCAUCGUGACGAAACUUCCAACCGAAGUCAUGAAGACGCCCAACAGCAUCGAAGGUAUCCCAGUUAUGAUGGGGGUGAACAACGGCGAAGGCAUCAUCAUGCUCCUGGACGCCGUCAAAAAGCUAGACCUAUACGACAACGAUAUGGCGAGACUGAUUCCGCGCUCGGUGAACGUCAACCCAGCGACCAAAGCCAGCAAUGAUCUGGGCGAGGAAAUCAAGAAAUUUUACUUUGGCGAUAAGCCAGUUUGCAAGGAGACACUUCCCCAGCUAGCGGAUUUGAUGAGCGAUUAUCACUUUGCGAUUUUUGCCAACACGUGCGCCGAACUGCACGCUCGAUAUCAGCAUCAAUCGCCGCUGUACUAUUACAAUUUUAGCUUCGACGGCGAGCUUAACAUGUACAAGAAGCUGCUCAAUCUGAAGGUUCCUGGAGCGUGUCACGCGGAUGAGCUGUCCUAUCAGUUCCUGUUCCGCAUGGCCCCCCUGCCAGUCAACCCCGACUCGCCGGAGGCCCGCGUCCGCUACUACAUGUGCCGACUGUGGACCAACUUUGCCAAGUACGGCAACCCGACGCCAGCGGACGACGCGACGCUCCCAUUCCGCUGGGAACCGGUAGCGCACAUCGAUCCCAAAUCCAAGGACGAGUUCCAGCUCAACUGUUUGAACAUUGACGUCGAACCGAAGAUGGUUCGGAAUCCGGACAAGGCUCGGAUCGAUUUCUGGAGAGGCGUUUACAGACGGUUCAACGAUGAUAUUCUUAAGGUUAAGUUGUAACGAAGGUGUUUGGACUGAUAUUAUACACGUAUUUUGGUGAUAAGAGGA